AUGGUAAAACUUACUCCCGAUUUGAUACAAAGAAGUAUGCAGUUUACAAAUCCCGUGAAAGAUCGAGAAUUAGAUUUAAGAGGUUUUAAGAUUCCAGUUAUUGAAAAUUUAGGCGCCACAUUAGAUCAAUUUGAUACAAUAGAUUUUUCAGACAACGACAUACAUAAAUUAGGCGGAUUCCCGCUAUUAAAGCGUUUGAAACACCUUCUUUUAAAUAAUAAUAGAAUAGUUAGGAUAGCUGAAGGGUUAGAAGAAAGUUUGCCAAAUUUAGAAAGUAUAAUUCUUACUGGAAAUCUUAUACAAGAAUUAAGCGAUAUUGAUGUACUCGCUAAAUUGCCCAACUUACGUUAUCUUAGUUUAUUAUAUAAUCCAGUACAAAGUAAAUCACAUUAUAGGCAAUAUAUUGCAUAUAAAUUACCACAACUUAAGGUUUUGGAUUUUAACAAAAUUAAAUUGAAGGAAAGAGAAGAAGCGAUUAAUCUUUUUAAAAGUAAAAAGGGCAAAGAAUUACAGAAGGAAAUUUCAAAAGCAAAAACAUUUGUCCCAGGAGCAGGGUUACCAGCCCCUAAAACAGGUCCAACACAAGAAGAACUUUGGAAAAUUAGAGAAGCCGUUUCGAAAGCGACAACAUUGGAAGAAGUCGAAAGGCUCAAUAGACUUUUACAACACUCGAGCGUUGGUUAG